AUGAGUUCUCCAACUACCCCUUCAAAGCAUGGCAAUCAUGCCCAGUUCCGUCGCCCUUCGUUCCUAUCCAACGAUGAUAGCCACAAUCCCCUCGGCACGCGCAGUGGCCAUCUCCAGUCACUAAUCCGCAGUCGCUCCCAACAGAGCAUGCAUAGCCUCAGCGGCUCCCUCCCUGGGCAUUCUGCUGCUUUCUGGAUGGGCGACGAUGAGGAGGCUGGAUUGAUCCGCCACGACAACGACGAGCUUGGUAGACUGCUUGCCGAUGAGCGCCGACUAACCCAACUGCUUCACGGUCCCCAGAACCGCAGCGCCAAGCUAAUUGGCCGAAGUAACCCUCGAUACCGCUGGGAGCAGUACUGGAGACCAGAGGAAGAGUUGGUUUCUAUGCCUAAGCAUCUGCGCGAGUACUAUGAGAGAACAAACGAUUUGAUUCAGCAAUACUUGUACAUCGAUGCUCUUCUCGACUCGGCGAUCCCCCAUGAUCUUCUUAACGAGUACCAGGCAGAGCUCGAUGCAUCUGCUUUCCGACCAGUUGAUGUACCGGAUACUAUCAACGAGGAGCCCUCGACCAGCACGUCCGAGACCUCUCCUCUCAAUAACUCGACUCCUGCGUCCAUCACACCGGGAUCAUAUGGCGCCAUCAGCGUCAAGCACAGCAACUCUUCCACCAAACUUCCUGCUGCUCGCACUCCUCAGGACAUCUUCCGAUCUUCUGAGAACCUGCCUCUGCUUCAGCACCAGGAUCACGAUGAUAAUGUAGAGAACGAGGCACAGCCCUCGCGACCUGCUAGCAAGGACGACGACAGCGGCCCCAAACCUUUGUUGCCAUGGCUGGAAGAUGCCGAAAUUGAUAGUGAUGAUCCUAUCGUUACUCUGGCUAUCUGGGUCAACUUCAUUGCCAAUGCUGUUCUCCUUGCCGGAAAACUUGUCGUUAUCAUGUCUGUCCCAUCCAUGUCGGUUCUUGCCAGUCUGGUCGAUGCUGUGCUAGACUUUCUCAGCACUGUUAUUGUAUGGAUAACCACGCGUCUCAUCUCUUCCAGCCAUCACGACCAGUACAGUUAUCCUGUCGGCCGCCGCAAGCUCGAACCUCUUGGUGUUCUUGUCUUCUCUAUCAUCAUGAUCACAUCUUUCUGUCAGGUCGGGCUCGAAUGUAUUCAGCGCCUCAUGAGCCCCGAGCACCCUAUUCUCGAAUUGGGCGUUCCUGCUAUCGCGAUCAUGGUUUCUACCAUUGUCAUCAAGGGUGCCUGCUGGGUCUGGUGCCGUCUCGUUAAGAAUUCGAGUGUUCAAGCACUAGCCGAAGAUGCAAAGACAGAUGUUAUUUUUAACACAGGCUCUAUCCUGUUCCCUAUUAUCGGUUUCUACGGACGAAUCUGGUGGCUCGACGCCGUUGGAGGCCUGCUUCUCUCCAUGGUGGUCAUCUUGAAUUGGAGCCAAACGUCGGCGCACCACGUUCGCAACCUCUCGGGUUUCUCAGCUCAGCCUGAUGAGCGUAAUCUCCUGUUGUACCUGACAAUGCGCUUCGCCACAGCCAUUCGCCAGAUCCAGAACUUGCGCGCAUAUCACGCCGGUGACAAGUUGUUUGUUGAGGUCGAUAUCGUGCUCUCUGCUGCGACACCACUCAAGGAUAGUCACGAUCUUAGCGAAGUGCUCACCUACUUCCUUGAGUCUGUGCCCAUUGUCGACAGAGCUUUUGUUCAUGUCGACUAUACUAGCUAUAACGCCCCGACUCAUAUGCUCAAGGGGUCCGCUGCAAAGCCGAAAUAA